AUGCUCCGAAAGGCAGAAGGCGUCAUGCAUUGCACUCAAAAGAAGCGCUUCUGCGAUGGUAUGAGGCCUUGCACAGCUUGUACCACAAAAGGCACCCUGUGCGAAUAUGGCAACAGCAAGGCCGCCAAGAGAGGCGCUCUGUCAGGCCCUCAAGACCACGCAGCAAGCCUGCGUAGACCGCGGUCCACAUCCUUCUUGCUCCAAGAUGACGACGAGAAGAUAUUCUGCCGUUUCGACUUUCCCAGACCGGUACAGGACAAGUCCAGCCAGCACAUUCACGAUGGCGCCGCAGUACCAGCUGACGAGUGGCAUUAUUGUACUGGACAAUCAGGCGACCUUACAUGGCCCACCAUAUUCGAUCCAACUUUGAUGAUAACUUUGGGAUACAUCCGCUGUCAACCAACGAGAGCGACUGGGCCUUGA